CCGACUCUACUUAUGACACCUUUGUUAUGGAACUCUGAAAUCUGACCCUAGCAGUGAUGGGGGGUGGAUUGUUUUUGUCUGUAGACUUUACUACUCUUAUGUAAAUGCUCAGUAUUCUCAUGUUCUCAGUGUCUAUGGUCUUAUAAGACUGCAGGAUGGUGGAUGAAGGAGCCAGCCAGCCAUUGCUGGGCCACCCAAGCCCUCCAGCAUGCAAUGAUCCAACAUACAGACGUCUCUGGAGGAAGAUCUUCUCAUGGCAGGUUCUGAAGAUUGUUCUUCUGGGACAAUUGUUGUCUCUCUUCUUAUGUGGAACAUCAGUGGCCAGCCAGCUCCUUGUAGAUAAUUAUAUGGUGGACACUCCGGUAAUGCAGAACUUCAUCUCCUAUUUUCUGCUGUCUCUUCUUUAUACCGUCUGGUUGGCAGGUAGAUCAGGAGAAAGCGGACUUCUGUACAUACUGAAAAACAAGUGGUGGAAGUAUCUAUUUCUGGCCGUGGUCGACGUGGAAGCCAACUAUUGUUUGGUUAAAGCCUUCCAAUACACCACCCUUACCAGUGUUCAGCUUCUGGAUUGUGUUGCGAUCCCUGCAUUGAUGGUCCUUUCCUGGUUUAUACUUCGUUCAAGAUACAAAUGGAUCCAUUACGUUGCAGUUGGUGUCUGCCUCUUGGGUGUUGGAACCCUGGUUUAUACAGAUGUCCUCUCUGGAAGAGCAGAUGGCAAAGGCAGUGACAUGUUGUUUGGGGAUUUCUUGGUUAUCCUUGGAGCUUGCUUGUAUGCAGUUUCCGAUCUCUGUCAGGAGUAUGUGGUGAAGAAGUUAUCCUGUGUGGAGUUUCUGGCGAUGCUAGGCCUGUUCGGGGCAUUUGUCAGUGGGAUACAGCUCAUGGCACUGGAAUCAGCCGCUGUUGCCAGCAUUGACUGGAAUUGGAAUGUCGGAUUGCUGUAUGCAGGGUAUGCCUUGUGCUUGUCUGGUUUUUACUCUGUAAUGACUUUUGUCGUUCUACACUCCAGUGCCACCUCUGUCGCUUUAGGCUUGCUCACUUCUGACAUCUAUAGCCUGCUCAUUGGCCACUUUUUAUUUGGCUACAAGUUUUCUGGUCUCUACAUCCUGUCAUUUAUAAUGAUCAUUGUGGGAUUCGUCUUAUACAACAGUGUGACUAUGUAUACUUCCGGGUUUCUGCCAGGGAAGAGUCACGAAGAGACUGAGAAAAAUGACACAGAAGAGGUGGAGGCACCUUUGGAGUCCGUUACUCCUCUGGAGAAUGUGUCCAGGCAGCUCUGUACCGUCAUCGUGGACUCGGCUCAUUAAUGGAUUUUAAGUCAUAAAAUAGAUUUUUAGGAGGAUGGAGAGCUUUCCAUUUUUUUUAGGGCACAGACAGACCACUGCCAAUCAUGUGGGAUUAUUGCAAUAACCACUUUCACCCCCUUCCUGCCCAGGCCAAUUUUCAGCUUUCAGUGCUCUCACACUUUGAAUGACAAUUACU